AUGCCUUCAAUACCAGAAAAUAACACUCAGACUUCAGAAACUAAACCUAUAGCAGGUGUACCCAAUCUCCGAGAUCGUCUCCCAAAAUUAGAACCUCGAAAAAAACGAAAUCCACCGUCAAAUCCUCUUCCUGUCCCUGAAACCCCAGACCUCCCAUCUCCUCCCAAACAGUCAAACUUAAAGUUCUGCAAGCCUUCGAGAAGAAUCCUAUCACCCCAAGAUCAUGAUAUCUUCCUUCAAUCUCCUACUUACAAACUGCUUCUAGCAUUUGUCUUUGGUUUAACAGACUCAGUCAUCGAUGUGCCUGUCUCAUCCAUUACCAAUACCGACCUUAGCUCCACUGUCACGAAUAUCCUCGAGAUAUUAGACAAAGUGGAAGAUGUGGUACGAAGAAGUCCACCGGAAGAACAAGGCGAUUCAAGAUUUGGCAACAAAGGUUUCCGCGAUUUUCUCGAUUUAGCUACGAAAGAGCAAAAUGGAUGGCACAAACAAUUAGGAGUUUCAUCCGACGAAGCAAUCAACGAAGUCUCUACGUACUUUCUACAAGCUUUCGGUAAUCGCACGAGAAUAGAUUAUGGUUCGGGACAUGAGUUGAACUUUAUGAUUUGGUUAUUAUGUCUAUAUCAACUUGGCAUAGUGGCACGUCAAGAUUUCCGUCCUCUGGUUUUGAAAGUCUUCACGCGAUAUUUGGAUCUCAUGAGAAUCAUACAAAAAACAUAUUAUCUAGAGCCAGCAGGUUCGCACGGAGUAUGGGGACUCGAUGAUUAUCAAUUUCUUCCAUUCCUCUUUGGCGCUUCUCAACUUUUACAUCAUCCUCAUAUUCGUCCUUUGUCGAUUCAUCAAAACCUUAUACUUGAAGAAUAUGGCAACGAAUAUUUAUACUUGGGACAAGUCAACUUUGUUAAUAGCGUGAAAAAUGUGGAGGGACUACGAUGGCACAGCCCAAUGUUAGAUGACAUAUCCUCAGCGAAAAACUGGACAAAGGUUGAAGACGGCAUGAGAAGAAUGUUUGUGGCCGAGGUUCUAAAAAAGCUACCCGUCAUGCAACAUUUCCUCUUUGGAUCAUUGAUACCGGCCGAGGAUGGCAUGAGCACAGAGGAUGAAUUCGGAGUUCCCAAUGAAGAUGAUGAUGCGGAGGGAGGAGAAGUAGUGGUUAUGGUGGAUGGAAUGAGACAUGUUCAUCAGAUGAAUAGCUGGGGUGAUUGCUGUGGGAUUAAGGUGCCAAGUAGUGUUGCGGCGGGACAAGAAUUGAAGAAGAGGAUGGGGAAUGAAGGAUUGAGAAGAAUACCCUUUGAUUAA